AUGCAGUCCACCGGACGCAGAGGUUUUUGGAUCCCCCCAGAGGAUGCAUUUGAGAAUGCCCCACCAGGUUCAACUGCUGUAAACCGUCCCCCGCAAGAGCCCCCAACGCCUACCAGGGCCACGACCACCAAUCAUCGACCGCCACUACCUCUGCCAGUCUCAGCCAGAACUCCUCAAAGACCACCCCCAAGACCUGUUCCUCAGUCUGCUCCUGCUUAUACUACCUCCCAACCAUCGUCCUCUCGGCAUAAUGGUCGAACCGGUCAGGAGUAUAACCGUCGACAACGCAGGUUCGAGGGUAUAUUUGAAGCGUGGUCUCAGGAGAUGGCUCGGCUAGAGGAGGAACAUCGAAAGGUCACUCAGAGCUGCGUCACUGAAGACGAGUCGAAGCGAGCAAUGGACGAUUUCAACCGGAAGGCCCAGAGUGUAUUUACGCGAUAUAACGAAGAGAUUGAGACUCUUCAAAUGUCAUCAAGCGAGCCUGGAAGCUCUCAAAGUGAAGCCGAAGACGAUGAGGAUGAGGUCCCUGCCCGUACGCCAUCGCGAACCCGCGGGUUCCAUAACGAGGACGCAGAGGGGGAUAGUGACAAUGAUGGACCCUCGCCCUCGGAACACGACGAUGAUAACGAUGAUGAUAGCGAGGAAGACGAAGAGGAGGACGUGAAGAAUAAGGGCCUGUCUUCAGAUCCAAUCAUUCAUGGAACUGGUAGUG